UUAACUGUUGCGGGUUGGUUGAGACAUACAAGCCCAUCUUGAUCGCAAAGUGUUGAGGAGCUAAACCUAGUGCAAAAUGAAAUCCAUGCUCAUUUUCGGCCUUGUGGCGAUGUGCGUGCUGGUGGCCAGCGCCAGCGAGGAGGCGCCCAAGAAGCCAGUGGAGACCCCAGCCGAGCCCGCCGAGAAGAAGCAGGAGAAGCGCGGCAUUGGCCAUGGUCUGGGCUACGGCUACGGACCGUCGGCGGGAGGCGCCAUCCUGGGAUCGGGCAUCGGAAUCGGAGUUCCAGUGGCCCCCGCUGUCGCUGAGCUGCCCACCCAGGUGCACACCAACACCGUGGUGAGGACCGUGCAGGUGCCCUACCAGGUGGAGCGUCAUGUGCCCUACCCCGUCGAGAAGACCGUCACCUAUCCCGUCAAGGUGCCCGUGCCCCAGCCCUACCCCGUCGAGAAGAUCGUCCAUGUGCCCGUCAAGGAGAUCGUCAAGGUGCCCGUCGAAGUGCCCCAGCCCUACCCCGUCGAGAAGGUCAUCCGUGUGCCCGUGAAGAUCCCCGUCGACCGUCCCUACACCGUUCACGUGGACAAGCCAUACCCCGUGCCCGUGGAGAAGCCCGUGCCAUACACCGUUGAGAAGCGCGUCAUCCACAAGGUGCCCGUCCAUGUGGAGCGCCCCGUGCCCUACAAGGUGGCCGUGCCCGUGCCCGUCCAUGUUGAGAGCCACGUGAAGCCCGCCGUGGCCGUCACCCACACCGUUGCCGCUGCUCCGGCCAUCAUCAGCCACGGCUACUCCGGCCACGGCAUCUCCUCGUACGGCGGACACGGAAUCUCCUCGUACGGCGCCUCCGGACACGGCAUCUCCUCCUACGGCAGCUCCGGACACGGUGGCUACCUCCACAAAAAGUAGAUCAAAUCGCUAUGCUGUCGAGGGCCAAAUGAGAUGUGAAAUCAGGUGAAGGCGAGCGAACCAACAAGUCGAAAGAAAGUAUCCAAAUGACAUUAAGAAUCAACAAGAAUCAACUCCCGCCCCCGCCCCUUUUUCCCAUGCCCCAGCAACCGCCAACGUACGACUUACAAAUUUAGUUUUAGUUUGUGAUACCAACCGAAAUUCUAGGAGGAUCCGAAGCUGAAGAGAAAAUCACACAUCUGACGCCAUCCCAUAUAUAGAAAGCUUGCCAAAACCCAUCUCUGGGCGGCGUUCAGAAAGUGCCUGUCUCCUCGGCUUCCGAUUCCGAUUCCCUCGAGUGUACAGUUCUUUUGUAGACAAUCACAGAGAAAUAACUGCUGACGAGUUGCUCCUUCGACUUUUUCAUGUAAAUUUCUUUUCUAUGAAAUGUUUGUACAUAUUUAAAUAAUGUAAAUAAAACGAAAAUUAAAAAAAAAAAA